GUGAUUAAGAGUGAGAGUAAGUGCAAGAGAGGGGGAAUACAAAGAGAAAGAGAGAGAGAGAGAGCAGUGUGUGCCAUUGUGUGUACCGUCUGGCAGAACCAUGAGUGGAUGUCCAUACUUCCAGAAGAGAGACGUUCUGUUUCAGAGCCGACAGCAGCAGAAGGACGAGGGCGAGAGGGAUGACUCUCAGGAUGGGACCAACAAGGCCAGCAAAGGAGGGAUCAUCUACGGAGACUACCUGCAGCUGGAUAAGAUCGUCACUGCACAAACUCUCCAGAGUGAGCUGAAAGGAAACAAGAUUCACGAUGAACAUUUGUUCAUCGUUACGCACCAAGCAUAUGAGCUGUGGUUUAAGCAGAUCUUAUGGGAGCUGGACUCAGUGAGGGAUAUCUUCAUUAGUGGCCAUGUGCGAGAUGAGCGCAACAUGCUGAAAGUGACCACACGCACCCACAGGAUUGUCAUGAUCUUCAGACUCCUGGUCGACCAAUUUGCUGUUCUGGAGACUAUGACUGCUUUGGACUUCUUUGACUUCAGGGAGUACCUGUCCCCAGCCUCUGGCUUUCAGAGCUUGCAGUUCCGUCUCCUGGAGAACAAGAUCGGCGUUCCAGAUAACCAGCGGGUUCCCUACAACCGCCGCCACUACAGGGACAACUUCCGCGGGGAGGACAGCAAGCUGCUGCUCAGCUCUGAGGAGGAGCCCACACUGCUGCAGCUGGUGGAGAAAUGGUUGGAACGCACCCCCGGCUUGGAGGAGAACGGAUUCAACUUCUGGGGAAAACUGGAGGCCAACAUUGCUGUGGGACUGAAGAGGGAGAGAGAGAAACUAGAGACGAAGCCAGAGUCGGAGGACAAGGAUGAACAGAUGGCCGAGUUCACCAAGCAGAGAGAAGUGCUAGAGUCCCUGUUUGAUGAGAAACGACAUGACCACCUCAUGAGUAAAGGUGAGAGACGGCUGUCAUAUAAAGCUUUGCAGGGAGCUCUCAUGAUCUACUUCUACAGAGAGGAGCCUCGCUUCCAGGUACCCUUCCAGCUGCUGACAUCACUAAUGGACAUCGACACCCUCAUGACCAAAUGGAGAUACAACCAUGUGUGCAUGGUCCAUCGGAUGAUUGGCAGCAAGGCCGGAACCGGUGGCUCUUCAGGAUACCACUACCUGCGUUCCACCGUUAGUGACCGCUACAAGGUGUUUGUGGACCUGUUUAACCUGGCCACCUUCCUGGUGCCACGCCACUGGGUGCCCAAGCUCAACCCCACGGAGCACCCCUUCCUCUUCACCGCCGACACCUGCUGUGACAGCUCGUACUGCAGCAGUGUUAGUGAUGACUCCGACUAGAGAGAGCGGAAGAGAGGUCUCGGGCAAGAGAGGACAGAAUGCAGUGAAGCCAGAGAGAGAGAGAGAAGAGAAAGAGGGAGGAGAGAGAAGGAUGAAUCAGACAGGAGAAAUGAUCAUGGGUCAAGGUCAAAGAGAAAGAGCGACAGGUAAAGGGAGGGGGGCGGGGGAGGGGGACAUACCAUGGACUGUGGAAAAGUAAUCAGAGUGCAGUUAAGAGUAAACCAUCUUGAUGUGUUUGCUGAGCUAUGGUGUGUGGAUCAAGAAGCAGGCCUGCAGGUCAACAACCUUCCUUUACCAUAAUGAUGCUCUUUGCAUUUAUGACCUUCCUUUACCAUAAUGAUGCUCUUUGCAUUUAUGACCUUCCUUUACCAUAAUGAUGCUCUUCACAUUUAUGUUGAUGCUGCUCACUGUGAGGGCCGACCAUUUAAAACAGCAAAGUGAUGUAUGUACAUAAUAGUCCAAACUAAAUGCCCAAAGGUUAUGAGGUAACACACAAAAUACUUCAGAAAACUAUACUAAUCUCUAUUUUACCAGUUUUUUUCCGGCCAUUUAACGUUUCUUCCGCAAAGCCUUCAUCAGAGCAUGUACAUAGUGUUGAUAGAUGUGCAGUGUUUCUAAUGCCAAUGAUUGAUCAAUGUCUGUUCAUAGAAAUGUGAUUAUUAAUAGUGACACGCGCUCUGAUUUGCACUGUCAUGAUAAUCAUUAGGUGCUUUUUAUAAGAAAUAUUGCUGUUGUGACUAUUAAAAUCAUGACUCUUCUGGGUCCUCUGUGAAGUACAUG